AUGUCGAUAUCCAUCGCACCAGUUUGCCGCCUUCCACCGCUCGCCGCUCGUCAGAGCGAUGCGUGGACACAGCAAAGACUGCGCUUGCGCGCCGCUCGUGCAGUAACCUCUCGUCACGUUUCCUGCUCUGCGUCGCAAAUCCGUUUAGGAAAUUUCGCCGGCGGUGCUGCCUCGCCGAACGGACUCCGUAAACGGGACGGCCAUCCAGCCGUCCAACGGGAUGACGUCAUUGGCCAAGCAUCGAGUAGCAGCAACGUUCUUACACUAGAAGAGGCCAAAGCCAGCGACGUUAAAACCAGCGCCAUUGAUCCUAGCACGCAGCCCGCGAAACCCACGGCAGGCGUGGCGACGGUUCGAGAGGCAGCAGCACAGGAAUUGCCGGGUAACCUGUGCGUGGAUGUUCUUGUGGCUGUGGACGAAUUACCGCCGUCCGAUCGGCGCGGCAAGUGGGAAUUUUUGCAGCGAGUCAAAGCGAACCCGCCUAAUGAGUCGUGCUGGGAGGCGGGCGGCAAUCUCAACUUCGGCAUAGCGGCGGCGCGCCUGGGGCUGCGCUGCACGGCGUUCGGCCACGUGGCGGGCGACGCGUUUGGCGCAUUCCUCGCGCGCGUCAUGGCGGACGAGCGCGUCGCGCUGCUCCCGCUCGCGGACCACGUGGAUGGGCCGCUGGGGGAUGGGCCGUGGGAGGGCGCGGAGGGGGAGAAAGAGGGGGAGGGGGAAGGGGAUGUGGUGGAGAGGAGUGAAGGGCGGUAUGACGGGGAAACGCUGGCGUGCUGGGUGUUUCUGGAUAAGAACGGGCGCCAUGCCUUCGCCAGCCGCUUUGAUUUCAACAAGAACCCGGCCUUCAGUCGCGUUCAAGCCAUACCCCCUGCGUUCGCUCACCUCAUCGCCCAUUCCCGCGCCCUCUUUAUUAAUGGAUUUGCUUUCGACGAGUUCCCGCCCUCCGCCAUCCAGUCUGCCGCCCAGUACGCACAACGGGCGGGCGUGCUUGUCUUUUUCGACCCUGGCCCUCGCACUGGCUCGCUCUUCCGGUCAGUCGGGCAUUCUAAGGAGGUUUUUGAUUGGCUGCUGAUGAACUGCGACGUUCUUCUGCUCACGUCUGAAGAGGCGGAGGUGGUGACUCAGGAGCAGGAUCCCAACGCAUCAGCCGUGCAGCUGCUAGAGCUCAAGGCCAGGGCCAGGGCUGCUGCCAGCACUGCUGCCGCUGGGGGCUUUGGGCUGAAUGCAGACCCAGAGGCGCGAGAGGAGGGAGGUGCAGUGGACGGCCGGGCAUGGAAUCACCACCAGCAACAACAGCAGCAGCAGCAGCAGCAGGAGGAGCAGCAGCAGCAGCAGCAGCAGCAGCAGCAGCAGCAACAGCAACAGCAGGGGGAGGGAGUGGAGGAAGGAGAGGAGGAAGGAGGAGAGGAGGAGGAGGAGGAGGAGCGGCCACAGUGGGUUGCGGUGAAGAAGGGGCCGAAUGGGUGUGUGCUGGCCACUGCAGCACAAGGCGUGUUCAGCCUCCCUGGCUUCAAGGUGGAUGUAGCGGACACAGUGGGGUGUGGGGACAGCUUUGCAGCAGCGGUGGCCAUGGGUCUGCUGAGCGACGAAGGGCCCUCCACCACACUCGCACUCGCCAAUGCCGUCGGUGCUGCCACCGCCAUGGGCAGCGGGGCAGGCCGAAACGUUGCACGAGCUGCCCGGGUGGCGGAGAUUCUUCUCGGGUUGCAGGCCAAGGAGGAGGGAUGGCAUGGCGCGGAGGAGGACUGGGAUGCUGACGUGUGGCUUGAGGACAAGGGCAAGCGGUUCCGAGUGGGACACGUGGCGGUGCACGGUGCGUCCACGUGUCCCUCUGGCACCCCGCUGCUGCAGGCGGUCCGCAAUGCCGAGAGUCUUUUGCACCGCUCACUGCUGCAGGCACAGAUGGACGGCAGAAGCGUGGAUGGCGAGGGGGAGGCGAGCGGGGAGGAAGGAGCGUGA